ACUACGUUAUUUUCACAUCCAAAAACAAAACACUCCAAACCAAAAACCAUGGCUGGUUCUUCUACUAAGCUGGUUUUGAUCUCUUCUCUCCUGGUAGUUGCUUCCUACUUUAGUGUGUCUGCAACUGCUGAAGGCCCAGCCGAGAAGAGUGUUCCUCUAACCAAGGGCCUCUCAUGGCAGUUCUACGCACAAUCAUGCCCUAAAGCUGAGUCCAUUGUAAGGAAAGAACUCAAGAAAAUCUUCAAAGCUGACAUUGCCCAAGCUGCCGGCUUGCUUCGCCUCCAUUUCCACGAUUGCUUUGUUCAGGGAUGUGAUGGUUCGGUAUUGUUGGAUGGGUCAGCGAGUGGACCGAGUGAGAAGGACGCACCACCUAACCUGACCUUGAGAGCCACGGCCUUCAAGAUCAUCAAUGACCUCCGAGCCCUACUCCACAACAAGUGUGGAAGAGUCGUCUCUUGCUCUGAUAUCACCGCUCUUGCUGCUCGUGACGCUGUUUUCCUGUCCGGUGGUCCUGAUUACGCCGUGCCUCUUGGAAGAAAGGACGGCCUAGCAUUUGCAACAGAGGCAGUAACCCUAGCCAACCUUCCACCGCCGUCCAGCAGUGCCGAAUUUAUCGUUAACACGCUCGCCACCAACCAAAAGCUCGACCCCACCGAUGUCGUUGCCCUCUCAGGUGGCCACACCAUCGGCAUUGCCCACUGCAACUCUUUCGGAGAUCGUCUCUACCCUACCCAGGACCCUGUCAUGGACAAAACCUUCGCCCAGAACCUCAAGGCUAUCUGCCCUACUGCAAACACCGACGCUUUCACCUUCCAAGAUCUCCGAACCCCCAACAUCUUUGACAACAAGUACUACGUCGAUCUCAUGAACCGCCAGGGACUUUUCAUGUCCGACCAAGAUCUGUACAGCUACAGCAAGACUAAGGAGAUUGUGAAGAGCUUCGCUGUCGAUCAAUCUCUGUUUUUCAACAAGUUUGUGAUCGCCAUGACGAAGAUGGGGCAGCUCAAUGUGUUGACCGGUAACCAAGGAGAGAUUAGGGUGAACUGCUCUGCUAGGAACCCUCAGAAGAAGGCUUUCUUGGCAUCUGUGGUUGAGAAUGGUGAAAUCAUGACGGACUUUUAAGGGGAGUUUUUGGCCUUUGAGAUAUGCAUAUCACAUGUUUGUGAAAAUGACUUAGUUGUUUUUUCACAUAUAUGUAUUUAUGUUAGCCGCGUGUUUGUGUAUCAUCAUCACUAACGUUUGUAAACCCUACUUAGUUUGUUUUGUUGUGUGUUAACUCUUUAAUUUUGGUGUAUUUAUUUACCUCUAUCGAUAUUCCGUGGUAAUAGAAAUAAAAUUUUCGUUUGAGGAUA